AUGCUCCCUAAUGGAUCUCCAGGUCCAUCCGACAACCUGGAGGACAAUACACCUCCCAUCUUCGACGUUCACAAUGUCAUGUACAUGAUCUUCGAUUAUCUGAAUGACACGACGGAUCUCAAUAAUGUCUCCAUUACAUGUAAAGCCCUCAAUAGAGCCGUGAAGGACCGCCUUUUUCGGUUCAUGACUCUGCCUGGAACCGCAAUGGGGUUAAGGGAUCCAAACUACAACAUACUCAAGGACCUUUACCCUGGCGGCGACUCCCUGAGGACGAGCGUCUUUGGUUUGCUCUCCAAAGCAAAAUCACUUACCGUAUCACGGCGGUUGAUUGCUAGCGCUACACCUUUCACUGCUCCCAAUUCCUUGCGAAAAGACUGGGGCAUCGAUGAUAUUGAGCUCCUGGGGUCAUGCCACGAGAUCUACGAGGCCACCGGAAAAAUUAUCAGCGGAACCAAGGAACUCCGGCACUUGGAAUUCCAUGGUUUUCACCUGUGGUUGAAUGUGUUGAAACUUCUCCACAUGCGUGAAGUCAAGGAGGGCUUCCCGGGCAUACAGUCUAUCAAGAUCACGCUGCCUGAAAGGCAGCGCCAUGUCUUACGUGUUCCUGAAGACGGUGAGCUUCAUGCAAAACCCCUUGUACCGAAAAUGUCAUUGAUACUGAUCACUUAUUUCAAAAACGCAGUACAAGUGGACGAAAACCUCAAAGUAAACAUGUCCAUGGUGCUCGGCCUAAAAUACCACGUCAUUCCUAACCUCAGUUUUCGUUGCCUUACCAUUUUGGCCCUGCACGGUCUCCAACCCGAUCGAAGCGCUCGUUCUUUCUCGACUUCACCAUGUCUUCUGCCGUUAGUAUUGCUACUGAAAAGCGCGGAACAGUUGCGGUGCCUCGAAAUCUCGACUGUGAAUGAACGCGUCUGGGGCGCCUAUUCCGACCAUGAUGAGCUGCCUUCGGUACCGCCAGACUCAAGAAUUGGCCCAAACAGAAAGGCACGUUCACAGGAGGGGGGUGAGAUGAUGCGAAUGCUUUGUCACGCCUACAAAAGCGCAGGGGGGUCCCCAUUGCAACACCUUCGAUACCUCAGACUUGGUCCCGGCUGUUUGUUAGAGUCUCCAUCUUUUGGGAAAUCCCCGCUGGACGACUUUCCUCAUCAUUACUUAUCUUAUUUGUUCAAGCUAUCAGGCCUUGUUGAACUCCAUCUGGAAUAUCCCCUGCUUGGGGAUGAGACAUCCUUACAGUUUGUUAUUUCCGCAGCCCGGUUGUUGAUAAAUCGAUCUAAUCUCCCAAGACUGCGAAAGCUUUCCUUACCAUACAACAUAUGGUACUGGUGGGGACCAUAUGGGGGACCAUAUGGCGCGGAUUGGACAUUGGGGUACACCGUCGAACAAGCGCUCACGAUGCGGGUGGUGAGAUAUGCGACCGAUUAUGGACCCUGUCCUCUUGGGCUCCUCACUCUGCCUCCAUUGUCAGGCUUGAUCCUCCCAACUGAACAUAUGGACCUCCUAGACAUCAUGAGCAUGUUGGUGUUGUUAAGGAUAGACAAUCUCAGAUCGGUCAAGCUGAUGCUCCCCUCCCUGUGUGAAGCUGAAGUUGGCAGAUGCAUUUCUCACUACGGGAAAUACCCCCGUUUCAUUGAUCGGAUACCUCGAGGGCAACCACUCCACCAUAAGUACACAAUGGUAUUAUUACUAGAAAAUCACGAGGACGUCCGUAAUGUGUGGCUAGCGGGGGAUUUCGAGGGCAAGGCGAAUGAUAACAUGUAUCAUGCCAUGGAUUGGCCAUGUUACCGUUACAGGCAAAUGAUUCGCCACACCUAUUUACACCACAACGCCGAGAUGGAACGCGCGGCCAUGACAUUCUUUAAGCAUCUUCACAAGCUGGAGUACAUCCGCAUUCUCCAUCGCGCAUGGCGGAGGGAGAGAAAAGAGAGAAAGAACAGCAGCCACCACGACGAUAGCGAAAAAGGCUCAGCACCAACAAAACAAAAAGCCCUUGUUGGACCACCAUCCCCCCCGAUCCCGAUCAUGCCUUGUGAAGACGUAUGGUCAGAAGUCCGGGAGCUUACGCCUUGGGAAGUCGAGAACGAUAUACCCGAAGCUUUCGACUACCGCACCCCGAGUCUGUUCCGAGGCAGACAGUACUCAUGA